GUGGGUAUGUGUUAAUUGGCACGGAGAUUUAACCUCUCCAACAUCAACUACAGGGUGGAUGGUCCUUCCAUUUGACUAUGGUGUGAUGCAGCACCAAAAAAGCAAAGCAAUAAAAAAAGAAGUUGGUCCCUGACCAGCAAUCUCAUUAUAACUUUUUAGUCCACAAACAGCACGAAGCACUCAGAACCACCAAAAGCCAAAACCAAAAGCAUGGCCGAGGAGAAGAAGAAACACAAACACAAACACCAAAAUCAACAACAACAGCAUCAACAACAACAGGCCAACAAAUCCACCUCAGUCCCUCACUUCAAGCCAAGCUCCGACGUCAAAGGCAUCCGCUUCGGCGGCCAAUUUGUGGUCAAGUCCUUCACCGUCCGGCGGGCCACGCCGCUCGAGCUGCUCCGCCUCCUCGACAUCCCCCCUUCGUUCCUGAGCCAGUGCCAGACCCUUCCCUUCCCUUCAACCACCACUUACCUGCCCACGAACUUCACCAUCUUGGCACACCACGCAUGGCACACCCUCACCCUCGGCCUCGGCACCAAGAAGUCCAAGGCGGUUCUAUUCAUCUUCGAGUCCGAGAGCAUGAAGUCGGCCAUAGACCAGCUCUGGCCGCCGAUGACCUCUCUGGGCGACGUCAACAAGAAGCUCAUUCGGGGGCUCUCGGGAUGCGAGAUGGCGAGGUUUAAGUUCAGGAAAGGGUGCUUGACGUUCUACGUUUAUGCCGUGCGGCGGCUGGGGGCCGCCGGCUUCUCGUGCGCUGAUGAUCUGAGGAGCAUUUUGGAGGCGGUUGUAGCUCUCAAAGACUUUUUGGACCAUACGGCGAUGCUUGCCCUCCCCAGCCAGCGAAGCAUCACCUUCCCACCGCCGGUCGCCAUGGCGCAUUGAGUUCUUUUUUCCCCUUCUCCUGGCAUGGCAGGAGCAGAAAUCUGAUGUUGUUUUCCAGCGUUCUUCUCCUCUUUAAAUUAUCGACAACUAAGAAGGUAACUUAAAACAUGUUGUUGAGAUUUUUUUGAUUUGUUCAAUAUACCCCCUUCUGCUCCUCCCUCCUUUUUGCAGUGCAUUUGUCGAGUGUGCUUAAGUCUUUCUCCAGUACAAGCGAACAGAGUGGCGUACGUGUCGGUUUUAACAGAAUUCUGUACUCUAAAUUUCUGUGAAAAACAUUUGAGCUUUGAUCCAACAAA